UCUAUAUCAGCUUCCACAGAAGGAGCCACACCUAUUUACGAUUUCUCACACGUCUCCAGCAUUCCACAACUUUUCGGGAGGUUGCUACUCUGCUCCUGACCAGUCGCGUCUCCAACCUCAAUCCUCACGCCGCGAUGGAUCGUUCGGCGCAGGAGCUCUUCCUCAACUUCAUGAUCGUCUUAAUCACCGUGCUGCUGAUGUGGCUGUUAGUGAGGGCUUACCAGGAAUGAAUCGGCAGAAGUAAGAAGAUGGAGGAGAAGCAGAGGGCGUUUGGAGAUGGAGGUGUGGACCGCAGCCAGACUGGAUACUAUGGGACUUUGUGCAGACAACAUGUUUAGAUCUUUUUUGAUAUUUUAAGCUGUGCUCACUUUGUCUGAAGCAGAGAUUUGGUAUUUAUACGACGCGGGCAGAAGGAUUUGUCUCAGAUCUGCUUGUAUUCUGAUGCCCAUCACGAUGUGGCCGUCGUAUUCAGGCAAAUGUCAGAAAGUGAAGCUGUUGUGCUGUGUAAUUGGAAAAGUGAAGGAAAAAAUACCAGUCUCUAGAAACCAUUUUUCAAUUGACACAAAAUGAAUGUUGGUGUCACACAUGUCAUCAUGCAUGUUUUACUUAUCUUUGACUUUGUUCUGUGUCUCUGUCUGAUUGUUCAACACUGUCCACCACUGGUACUAUACCCACUCACAAACCAAGACAUCCACUGAAACAAUAAGGAUUUUCAUUACUACUGUAUGUUGACAACUUGACAAUAAAUCACCCGUCUUUUGUUGGA